AGAAAAUUGAACACAAGGAAGAAGUUGAGGAUCGCGGGUGUCGUGUCUUUAGGGCAGCAACUGUUUUGUGUAUGAUCUAAGUGCUUUUAGAAUAAACCAAAGUGACAGAAGAAAAGAAAACGUAAUCUAUACUCAAUCUAAACGUGGUAAAUGAUGUAUGUAGGACUGCUGGAGAAAUCAAAUCGUCAUGUCUAUGGACUGUGUAAAUCAGCUACUGCAUAAUAAGAGACGACUGGAGGGAGAACACGAACAGUGGCACUGUCAGCCGAAAAGAGUAUGCCCUGGUUUUGCAAGUUGCAUCCAAGCUGGAUGUGAGUCCAUGAUGGAAAGUCCAGUGAAUGUAUGGAAACCUCCAGAAAAUGACCAUCAAAACAUCACCAAUUCAAAUCAACAUGUCAACCGUAUGGUGCUGACAGCUCAGAGUGGCUCUGCUCAACAGUGUUGUCCCAGAUGCAUGGCAGGAGAGCCGGUGGGGCGAUCCGGUUCCUUUCUGUGUGGAGUUUGCAUGUUCUUUCUGUGACUGCGUGGGUUCCUCUGGGAGCUCCGGUUUUCUCCUACAAUCCAAAGACAUGCAAUCAGGUUCUUUGGAGAUACAAAUUGUCCAUGACUGUGUUUGACAAUAAACUUGUGAACUGAUGAA